ACCAUGGGCUCCUGGCUGGGGGGCAGCUCAGGCCCUGACCCGCUCAUGGUGCUGCUGGUGGUCGUCCUGCUGGUGCGUUUCAUCCUGUGGUCCUGCCUGGGGACCUACAUCGACCACAGGCUGGCCCAGCCACCACCACAGCCCCGAAAAGCCAAGCAGGAGUAG